GUGGCUGCCGCUCCCCGGCGGGGGGCCCGGGCCAGGAUGCCGGUGCUGGAGCGCUUCUUCCCCGCGGCAGAGCCGGGCAGGCGGAGGAGGACGGGGGACGAGGCGAUGCCCUUUCCCAUGGGCAGCCUGCCCGGUUAUCAGCAGGGGACCCUGGCCUGGGACUUGCCCGAGAUGAUCAAGAUGGUAAAGCUCGUUUGGAAAUCCAAGGGGGAGCUCCGCGGGGCGAAGCACAGAGGCGUUUUGGAGAGCGAGGAUGCCCUGGGCGGUUCGGCAGGAGAUGCACGGGUGAGAGGUCAGACAGGGGUUGUCUCCGAGCGCCGCGGCUCCUACCCAUUUAUAGACUUCCGUCUUCUUAACAAUAGUGCACUCUCAGGGGAAGUCGGCACCAAGAAGAAAGUGAAAAGACUGUUAAGUUUCCAGAGAUACUUCCAUGCAUCCCGGUUACUGCGUGGAAUUGUACCACAAGCCUCUCUCUACCUACUGGAUGAGGACUACCUUGGGCAAGCAAGGCAUAUGUUAUCCAAAGUGGGAAUGUGGGAUUUUGACAUUUUCUUGUUUGAUCGCUUGACAAAUGGAAACAGUCUUGUAACACUGCUUUGUCACCUCUUCAAUGUGCAUGGACUUAUUCACCAUUUCCAGUUAGACAUGGUUACAUUACACAGGUUUUUUGUUAUGGUUCAAGACGAUUACCAUAGCCAGAACCCAUACCACAAUGCUGUCCAUGCCGCUGAUGUCACACAAGCUAUGCACUGCUAUCUGAGGGAGCCCAAGCUUGCCAACUUCCUCACCCCAUCGGACAUCAUGCUCGGACUGCUCGCUGCUGCAGCUCAUGACGUGGAUCACCCAGGGGUCAACCAACCCUUUCUGAUUAAAACUAAACACCACCUUGCCAGCUUGUACCAGAACGUGUCGGUGCUGGAGAACCACCACUGGCGCUCCACCAUCGGCAUGCUCCGGGAGUCACGGCUGCUCGCCCACCUGCCCAAGGAGGUCACACAGGACAUUGAGCAGCAGCUGGGCUCCCUGAUCUUGGCAACAGACAUCAACAGGCAGAAUGAGUUUUUGAUCCGUCUGAAAUCUCAUCUUGACAAUCAGGAUUUGAGGCUGGAGGAUGCGCAGGACAGACAUUUUAUGCUUCAGAUUGCACUCAAGUGUGCUGACAUUUGCAAUCCCUGCCGGGUCUGGGAUCUGAGCAAGCAGUGGAGUGAACGGGUCUGCGAAGAGUUUUACCGGCAAGGUGAUCUGGAACAAAAAUUUGAACUGGAAAUAAGCCCCCUUUGUAAUCAGCAAAAGGAUACAGUACCAAGCAUUCAGAUUGGAUUCAUGACAUACAUCGUUGAGCCACUCUUUGAGAGGUGGGCCCAGUUUACAGGCAACACUCCCCUAUCUGAAAACAUGCUAAACCAUCUCAGGAGGAACAAGGCCAAGUGGAGAAGUUUGCUCCACAAGCAACACAGCAGUAGUAGGAGCAACGACCACUCAGGCCAAGUGACUGGCAGCCAGGAACAGACUUUAAAUGAAGAAGAGACUCCUUAGUGGCAGCUUUGCACUUUUCCUUCUAGCACUGCUAUCUCCGUCUUGGUCACAGCAGCAAAAACGGUCCCGAGGAGCUGGAGCCUGUUGUCAACACCGUGCAAAGGCAAGAAAUGGCAAAGCUCUAAGGGUCCUCAUGAACACGCCCAUGGUUCUGCUGGGUUUCUUUCUGAUCUUCACGUUCCUCUCCCCUCUCUCCAUUCUGCGCAUGCCUGAUGCCAUUAGUCACUCCUGAUCCCGAUCUGCCCCAACGCGGAGUGCCAGCCAGCAGCCGGGAAGCCAGGCCAGUUCCAGCUGCCAUGAAGCAGGGAGGAUUGCUGAGAGGACAGGGGGCACAGAGAGGCACUCUUGGUGAUUUUCUCAUUUACCACAAGUCAUUUUGUGACAUAUGUAUAUAGGCCCAGAGCGCCACACCCAUUCUAGGCUGGCAGCUGGGCUGCACAUGAAACCACCAGCAUCUCCAGCAUCCAGAGGACAUGGACCGAGCAGGACAGUGCUCACAGGGGGCAGAGAGUCAGGUUGUUUUAGUGGUUAAAAACCUUUUUAACUUUUGUAUUCUGUGCACUAAACUCCAGAUCUCUAAACCUUGGACAGAAGUUACUCUCUGUAUACACACCUUCAGUGUAACAAGGCUUGUUUUGGUAAUCAUUUUUAUGCCACUUUGGAUAAAAGACGGGCAUCUUCUCAUUGCAAGGAACAGUAUUCCCUCACAGCCGAAAGGGAAGGUGUAGUACAGUCUAAACCUUUGAAACACAAACAGAUCUAUCUUUUGAGUACUGUUUCAAGUUACCUGUUUAUAUUCAUAUGUGUACAUUUUCUGUAAAUAGAAAGCGCUACUGAUUCCCAUGCCAAAAUACUGGAGUACUGUGGGAUGAUUGCUACCUGUAAAAACAUUGGCACUGUGAACAGAAUACUGUUAGUUUUAAUACAAGAGAAAGCAUUUGUAAAUAUGGUAUAGAGUUUAUUAAUAUACACCAUUGUUUGUGGAUAAAAGCCUUAACUUCUAGCAUCCUUCAUCUUCUGAUAGCUGCCAAAAUCAUACAAUUACAAGAUAUGAUUCUGAACUGCCUUUCCACUAUCCAAGGUGUAUCAAAGGUCAUUAAGGAAUGAAGUCUGGCAGGAUAACUUCUUGAAAACUUCAAACACAUUCCAUAUGGGUCCGUGUUGUUAAUCCAUGGCACCUUGCACAUUUGGUCUAGGCAAAUGUUUCACAGCGCCUGAGGUUUUAAGUUCAGAAAAACCCCCAAGCCCCACAGCAACACCACAUGAUUUGACAGUUCAGCAUGAUUACCAUUUAUUCAAACGUGUGAAUUUUUACUAAAUAGCUUAGUCAUCUACAAAGCACGGCAUUAGUUCUGGAGUUCAGUUGUUUUCUUGAGAGAUGUUGCAGUGUAGCUGAUUUUUUCCCCACAUGCCCUCCCUUAGAUGGUCAGCAUCAAAAUGCAUUUACAUUUUUCUUUUAAUUAAAAGAAUACUUCAACUGACUUUUAGAUUAGUGUCAGUCAAUGAAGGAAAAAAAAGUGUUGUAGUCAGACUACUAAAAAUCCUCUUAGCUAUCAUAGUGGCUGAAGAAUUUUCUAUUAUCUCAUCUUUGUGAAAGAUACUUGGCCUUAACUCUGCCAUAAACAACCCUCAGUUCUGAAAGUCUUUAUUAAACUUUACUUAUGUUUCUACCAUUUCAGUGAGAUUGUAUUCUCAGACCCUACUGUGUUGCACCAAAGGGAUUGUCCCCUGCUCUUCUGCCCCAAGAAAAAAUAACUGCAUUCAGGUGAAGUGCAGGGUUGUUGUGAACCCCCCAUACAUCAAAUCUGUACACCUGCUUUCCAAAAGAACGAGCAGGUAUGGCCAGGUAGUCGCAUUUGGGUAGUCAUGUUGAGAUGUGAAGACAUUGAAGAGGCCAACAAAGAAAGAGCUUUUCAAGUUGGUGUUUGAGAAACAUGAGAAAGAGAUAUAUUCACAGAAGUGCAAGGGAAAAUCUAAUACAUUUUACUGAAUUACAAGGGAUAUUGACUUGACGAGAUAAGGUUCAUGCUCAUAAGGCGACUAAUGUGUUGAGAGGAAAAUAAAAAGCAUGAGUUUUAGUGAAGGAUGAUUUACUGCACUAAUUCUUUGUAUGCAUCUUCAGAGAAAAGAGGCUGAAAGCCAGUGAAGUAAAAAGGGGCAAAACGUGGUGAGCACACAAAGCAUUCCAGCCAUGUUUUUUCUGCCCCUCCACUGUUAUGUAAGGUACAACCAAUAGAAAACCUCCUUCUUCCUCCCACUAAUCUAAAUGAGAUUCACAUAAUAGAAGGACCGCAGCAAGCAAAGGGCACUCAAGAGAGUUGUAGUAGAAUUAAAUUGUUUCUAACUACAGAACAUAAAUGUCUUCUUAAGCACAUGAGGGUGGUGGGGGUGGAAGCACCACCACUUUGCAGCUUUUUAGGUGUACCUUUCCUUCUGACAGAUGUAGGACAAUUAUUAGGACAUUACGUGAGCA